AUGGUGACCGUGCCCAUUGUUUAUUUUGCCAUCGCCACCGGCCUGGUGUGGCUGAUGUUCCUGGUCAUGGCAGCAAUUCGAGCAUGCACUGGAGAUUACAACACGGACACGCCAGAAGGGCAUCUACGUGCAGCGACGGCUCCAACCCCACAAAGGACCGAUGCAGAGAAAGCCGCUAUGCUCGCUGCGAUUAACGUGCAUCUACCUGAGCUCACGCUGGACGAGGAAGUGACAUGCUCCGUUUGCCUCGACAUGAUUGCUCUAGAACACCCAGCUCGACAGCUUGAAUGCCAGCAUGCGUUUCAUUCCAAAUGCAUCGUGGGCUGGCUUCUACACGGCGCGAGAAAGCAUUGGGAUGACAAUGCCAUCCAAUGUCCGGUGUGCCGGCACCAGCAGCAUUUGCACAAACUUCCAGGCAUGAACCCAGUAGUUGUGGGAGUACCAAGUGGUAUGAACGAGGCAGUGGUUACGUGA